UCUCAUUGGCUCAUUCUCUAAUCUAAACCCCCCACUUCCCCUUCUCUCCCUCUUUAAUUCCGCCUUUUUCUUUCUUUCUAACUCCCUCAAAUUAUCGCUCAUGGCCGAGGACACUCAGAAGCCAGGGGCAGCGACGGCUGCCGAUGACGUCGUCGUCGAGAAACCUGUUACUGAAAAAGACUUGCCACCGGCUCCUGAACCGGAGCCCGAGGUGGCGGCGGUGGCUGUGCUGGAAGAGAAAGUAGCUGUCGAGGAAGCAGUUGAGGUGGCGGAGAAGCCCAAGGCUGAGGUGGUAGCGGAAGCUGCUGCAGAGGAAAAAAUUGCUGAGUCGGGUUCUUUCAAGGAAGAGACCAACGUUGUUGGGGAGCUUCCAGAGUCGCAGAAAAGGGCUCUGGAAGAGCUCAAGCAGUUGAUUCAGGGUGCACUUAACAAGCACGAGUUCACUGCUCCGCCGGCUAAGGAGGAAGAGAAGGUGGCUGAAGUUGUGGUGGAGGAGAAGAAGGAGGAGGUGAAAAUAGAACAGAAAACUGAAGAAGUAUCCAAGGUUGAGAUUGAAGAGAAAGCGGAAGUGUCUGAGAAAGUGGUGGAGAUUGAAGCACCACCAGCACCGGUUGAAGCCAAGGAGAAAGAGAAGGCUCCGGAGCCGGCGGUCGUGACGGAGGUGGUCGAGACAGUGACAGCAGUGGUCGACGAGGAUGGUGCCAAGACUGUCGAGGCAAUCGAAGAGACCGUUGUCGCAGUCUCUGUUCCUCCUCCAGCAGAAACAGAGGAGGCCUCUGCUUCCAAGGGAGCAGAGUCCGCUCCAGCAGAGGAGCCUAAAGAGGCAGAGACUCCUGCACUUCCUCCUCCACCUCCAGAGGAGGUCUUUAUAUGGGGAAUUCGGCUCCUUGCCGAUGAGAGGAGCGAUGUGAUCCUCUUGAAAUUCCUGAGAGCCAGAGAUUUCAAGGUGAAGGAUGCAUUCACCAUGAUCAAGAACACCGUCCGCUGGCGCAAGGACUUUGGAAUAGACGCCCUGCUAGAAGAAGACCUUGGAAAUGAACUAGAAAAGGUGGUCUUCAUGCAUGGAUUCGACAAGGAGGGCCAUCCAAUCUGCUACAACGUCUACGGGGAGUUCCAGAACAAGGAAUUGUAUCAGAAUGCUUUCUCCGAUGAGGCGAAGCGACAGAAGUUCCUGAGAUGGAGAAUUCAGUUCCUGGAAAAGAGUAUCAGAAAACUGGAUUUCAGCCCAAGCGGAAUCAACACCAUGGUUCAAGUCAUCGAUCUCAAAAAUUCCCCUGGCCCUGGCAAGAGGGAGCUCAGGCAAGUAACCAAUCAGGCUCUCCAACUUCUCCAGGAUAACUACCCUGAAUUUGUAGCCAAACAGAUCUUCAUCAAUGUUCCAUGGUGGUACUUAGCCUUCAAUACGAUGAUCAGUCCUUUCCUGACUCAGAGGACCAAAAGCAAGUUUGUGGUUGCUGGUCCGUCCAAAUCUGCUGAUACCCUUUUCAAAUACAUAGCCCCUGAACAAGUACCAGUUCAGUAUGGUGGCCUCAGCCAAGAGGACGAGCAGGAAUUCACUACUGCUGACCCUGUUACAGAAUUCACAAUCAAGCCGUCAAGCAAGCACACUGUUGAAUACUCGGUAUCUGAGAAGUCUGUUCUGUUUUGGGAGCUCCGAGUUGUGGGGUGGGAUGUGAGCUACGGUGCUGAGUUUGUACCUAGUGCUGAAGAUGGUUACACCGUGAUCGUCUCAAAGACAAGGAAGGUCAAUCCUGUUGAUGAACCAGUGAUCUCAGACAGCUUCAAGGUUGGUGAACCAGGCAAGAUAGUCCUCACCAUUGACAACCAAACCUCCAAGAAGAAGAAGCUGCUCUACAGGUCCAAGACCAAACCCUGCUCUGAUUGAUGCUCAAAAUGAUCAAUCCUUUCCAGGUUUUGAAUUUCCUAUGAAUUAGGAGACAAUGCAUUUUGCAGAAUAAGAAGGGUUCUUUUGUUUUUGCAAUGACAGGAUUUUGGUUUGUUGAUUGAAAAUUAUUUCGUAAUUUCAAAGUCUGGGGCAUUUUAUUUAUAUGUUAUUUCUAUUAGUUUAUGGGGAUUUUGUUUACUUGGUGUUGAUACUGGUAAAGAAAAAGAUGAAAAAAUGAGUGUGGAAUGUGUUACACAUACUGUUAGUAUUAUUUUUGAGACUCGUUGCACUGUAAAACCUGUGUAAAUUUAUUUCUGUAUGUAUCUAUGCUUAUUGUCAAUGGAGUCGUUUUCAACUUCACAAACAAAAUGCAUUGCCUCAUAUGUUACCCUUAAACAUCCUUCUUGCUUCUUGUGAUCAACUGUCCCAAGGUUAAAAAAAUCCUUUUCAAAAAUGAUGCUGCUGUCCAAGUGAGCUGUGCAAAAGCAAAAAGCUCUAAGCAUGUUUGUUUGUCAUUCAACUCAAGAAGCCAACUGUCACAGCAGAAUCAUGUUGUUUUAGGUUUCAGGGCCACCCCUAAUUAAGCAUCUUUAACCCAAACAAGACAUAAAAGAGAUGCUGUUUGGGACUAGUACGUCUGCAAGCUUCACUAAUAGUAAUAAAUACAGUGAAGGAGAAAUGAUUUGUAAUUAAGGAAUGUUCAGUCA